AUGGCCUACGAGGCGUCUCAGACGUCAUCUGCAGCUGCCUCUGGUGUAGGCACAGACGUCUCGACUGCAUCAGCUCUCUUGCCACCAGUAUCUUCGAGCGUGUCGCGGUCAUCGUCUUUCACUGCCGGAGACAUUUCGGGUACCGUGGUAGGCGCUGUGGUUGGACUGUUUGCCAUCCUCCUGGGAGCCUUCGUCCUCAUCUAUAGACGUCAACGACGUCAAGGGAUGACAGUCGUGGAAAUUGAGCCUAGUUCGGAUAGUCGGGAAAGUUAUCCAGAGGGUGCAAUCAGUACCUCGAACGCAGUGGACACCUCCGCGAAUACCCAGACGCGUCCUGGCCCUCACAUCAGUGGUUCGCUCGUGUCUACACCCUCGCCCUACACCAAAUCGUAUGCGGACUCUGACGCACGUCUAUCGUCCACUCCUCCGUUCCAGUCGUCAUAUGCUGCUGCUCGGAGCGAUUCUCCGGUCAGCUGCCCGAAGCUUGGUGAUCAACCGAGUCACUUCGCCCCCGAUUCAAGAUUGCUGCUAGUACAGGAGCAAGAUGCAGGCCCUGUACCCCCGUCAUAUAAUCCAGAAUGGAGUAAACCGGUGGACAACGAAGUUGACGCGACUCCGCGCUAG